AUGAGACUAUACAUUGUCUUUGCCUUUCUCUUCUCCUAUAUCUUACCUGGGCUAAAUUUCACCAAUGCAACCGCUGUCCCGGAGGGCUCCUAUGCCGAAGCUCUUAGUCGAGCUAUGAAUCUCUCUUCUCGAGGAUUGGAGAAACGAAAUGAAAUCGACAAAUGGAAUCAUGAUCACCCCGCGAACCGUAUCGCUGCCCGGUACGUGUGUCCAAACCCGCGAGUCCUCUUCACGGUCUUCGACUCCAUGGCAGUGUGGGAAGCCUUCAAUCGUGGCGUGUGGUUCACACAGCACUCGAGCGAAAAACGGCCGCGCUGGAGCGGCAUAGAGUAUCCACACAGCAUCACACUAGAAGCGUACCGCGCCCGAGUUGUGGAUCUAGGGCGCACCGAUGGCACUCUCUAUUUGUUCCCCCUAAACCCCACCUCGUCAGGCGAAUGGCCGGGCCAAUCAGGAGACCCUGGGAUUGGACCUCCUGGCGAGCAUAGAGUGGUGUACUGCCAGCACGGCAUAUUUUCCGGCGUGUCAGUGCUGUUCACGGAGCCGGAUGGAAUUAGAAUGGUCUGGUGUUAUCCGAUGCUUGAUUCUGGCCCCAGAGAUAUGGGAGCCACGUCCGAGGGGAACACCGGCGUCGACGAGGCUUGGCGGGAUUCGUAUGAUGGACACCACUAUCUAUACGCACCUGAUCCGACUUCUGGAUCACAUCCACCGGGUCCUACCUAA